AUGCCUUCCACCACUCCUCAGCCAGUUAUCGUGAUUGGCGCCAGCUUAGUCGGUCUAUCGGCUGCUCUGUGCCUAUGCUCUCACGGAGUCCCGACCAUCGUUCUUGAAAAACACUCCGGAAAAUCGCAACACCCGCGUGCAAUUGGUUUCACAUCCCGAACAAUGGAAAUUUAUCGCACUCUUGGAAUCGAAAAUAAGGAUCCUGCACCCGAGGACUUUAAGCUUGAGCGUGCUCACGUUCAAAGCCUGACUGGAAAAUGGAACGACAACUCCUCUUGGUCUGACACCGAGAGGAGACCCAAAGCAGAGAAACCGCGAGAACAGUCUCCUCAAACUUCCACUCCAAAAAAGCAGUAUUCUGUGGAGCGUGCUUCGGCUAUCCCGCAGGACAAAUUAGAGCCUAUGCUCGAGGCUUUGGCGUUGGAACGCGGCGCAGACAUUCGUCGGCAACAUAGAUUAAUAUCCGUUGACCAGGACCAAGGCGGGGUCAUCGCUACGGUCACUGAUGCAGAUGGAAAAGAGCAGAAAUUCCGUGGAUCCUACCUCAUUGCAGCAGAUGGGAAUCGCAGCACCGUCCGAGAACUGCUUCAAAUUCCUCGAAACGGCCGUGGACACAUGCAGACCUUGAGCAGCGUUUUAUUCCGCGCGCCUCUCGAACAGUGGACCAAGGGGGUUGUGCAAUUUGAUAUAGAACAACCCGAUCUAAAGGCUUUCCUUGCUUCUUACAGUGAUGGACGAUGGGCCUUGAUGUUCAAAGAUGCAGUCGACCGCGACGAGUCAGCUCUUCGCGAUACCAUCUAUCAAGCUGUCGGAAGAUCUGACUUUCCACUCGAGAUCAUUACGACUGGUCGUUGGGAACUUACCGCUCUUGUGGCCGACACUUUCCAGUCUGGGCGAGUCUUCCUUGCAGGGGACGCCGCGCACACUUUGCCGCCCAACCGUGGCGGGUACGGCGCAAACACUGGUAUCCACGAUGUGCACAAUCUUGCAUGGAAACUCGCGGCUGUAUUGUCUGGCAAGUCAUCGCCCGAACUUCUGAAUACGUACGAUGCGGAGAGACGUCCUAUUGCACUUCUACGACACGAUCAAAUCUUUGUACGCGCCGACUACAACGUACACCUUGACACGGCCACUCCAGCUGGAGAGAAGAUCGACGACGAUGCCAUGGAGUUUGGUCAGAUCUAUCUGUCUGAGGGUCUUAUCGGUGCUGACAAAAGUCUGCCCCGGGCGAAGAAGCCAGAUGAAUGGAAUGGGCAGCCCGGAACUCAUAUGCCUCACUUCUGGGUUCUAAAAGACGGGGAGAGGGUCCCAACUCUUGAUCUUUUUGAUCAGGGUGCAUGGACUCUGGUCUCUGAAUCGGAUCAGUGGUGUGAGGCAGUGUCCUCUAUCAAUGAGACCUCCUCAGUCCCACUCAAUUUUGCACAUGUUGGAGAAAGUGUGCAGCUCAUGCAUGGAGAUGACUUCCAGAAGUCUUUUGCUGUCUCCCAGUCGGGAGCGGCUCUCAUUCGUCCAGACGGGUAUAUCGCUUGGAGGGCCAAGGAAGUUCCAUCCAAUCCCGUGGAGAUGUUGAAGAAGGUGAUGGCCAAGGUCUCCUUCAGCACCAGUGGACCUUGA